AUGGAGUUCUCGUUUCAGAAGUCUUUCUCUGUGGUUCUCUUAGUUCUGUUAAUGGGUUUCAGCGACGCGUCUUCUUCCUUGAAGAGCACUUACAUAGUGCACAUGGCGAAAUCUGAAAUGCCUGAGAGUUAUGAGCAUCAUACUGUAUGGUAUGAAUCGUCGUUACAAUCUGUUUCUGAGUCAGCUGAAAUGAUGUAUACAUACGAAAACGCGAUCCAUGGAUUCUCAACCAGAUUAACUGCUGAAGAAGCUGGUUUGCUCGAGAGCCAAACGGGGAUUCUAGCGGUGUUGCCGGAAGUGAAAUACGAGCUUCACACGACAAGGACUCCUCAGUUUCUUGGCCUUGAUAAAAGCGCAGAGAUGUUCCCGGAAUCAAGCUCAGCAAGCGAGGUUGUUGUGGGUGUUUUAGAUACCGGUGUUUGGCCAGAAAGCAAAAGCUUUGACGACACUGGAUUCGGACCUGUACCCACAACAUGGAAAGGCGCGUGUGAAACAGGAACGAAUUUCACAGCUUCUAACUGCAACAAAAAAUUGAUCGGAGCAAGGUAUUUUUCCAAGGGAGUUGAAGCCAUGUUAGGUCCUAUUGAUGAAACCACAGAGUCGAAAUCUGCUAGAGACGACGACGGGCAUGGUACUCAUACUUCAACUACAGCAGCAGGUUCGGUUGUUACCGGUGCAAGCCUCUUCGGUUAUGCUUCAGGGACGGCGCGUGGGAUGGCCACACGCGCUAGAGUUGCCGCAUACAAGGUUUGUUGGAAAGGAGGUUGUUUUAGCUCCGACAUAUUAGCUGCUAUUGAUAAAGCUAUUUCGGACGGUGUUAAUGUUCUGUCUCUUUCUCUCGGUGGUGGAAUGUCUGAUUAUUAUAGAGACAGUGUAGCUAUAGGUUCUUUUGCGGCGAUGGAGAAAGGGAUUCUAAUUUCUUGCUCAGCUGGGAAUGCGGGUCCAAGUGCUUAUUCUCUAUCUAAUGUAGCUCCAUGGAUCACUACCGUGGGUGCUGGUACACUGGAUCGUGACUUCCCUGCGAUCGUUAGUCUUGGUAACGGACUUAACUAUUCCGGAGUUUCUCUUUAUCGAGGAAACGCUUUGCCGGAUUCUCCGUUACCCUUGAUUUACGCAGGGAAUGCUACUAACGCUACGAACGGGAAUUUGUGUAUGACGGGAACUUUAUCGCCGGAGUUGGUUGCUGGGAAGAUUGUUUUCUGUGACCGUGGGAUGAAUGCUAGGGUUCAGAAAGGAGCUGUGGUGAAAGCCGCCGGAGGAUUGGGUAUGGUGCUGGCCAACACUGCCGCAAACGGCGAGGAGCUUGUCGCUGACACACAUCUAUUACCAGCCACGGCGGUUGGCGAGAAAGCCGGCAAUGCAAUCAAGAAAUAUCUAUUUUCCGAAGCGAAACCGACGGUGAAGAUUGUUUUUGAAGGAACAAAAGUUGGUGUUCAGCCAUCUCCGGUGGUGGCAGCGUUCAGUUCACGAGGACCAAACACAAUCACACCACAGAUCUUGAAACCUGAUCUUAUCGCGCCAGGUGUCAAUAUCUUAGCGGGGUGGUCCAAAGCAGUGGGACCCACCGGUUUGCCUGUUGAUGAGAGGCGCGUUGAUUUUAACAUUAUCUCUGGUACUUCCAUGUCCUGUCCCCACGUGAGUGGUUUAGCUGCCUUGAUUAAGUCGGCUCAUCCUGAGUGGAGCCCAGCCGCUGUUAGAUCGGCUCUCAUGACAACGGCUUAUACAGCUUACAAGGACGGUAAAAAUUUACAAGACAGUGCUACUGGAAAGCCCUCCACACCGUUCGAUCAUGGAUCCGGACACGUGGACCCUACCGCUGCACAUGAACCCGGACUUGUUUAUGAUUUAACGGUGGAUGAUUACUUAGGUUUCCUCUGUGCAUUAAACUACACAUCAACUCAAAUCACUGCUAUAGCAAAGAGAAAAUUCGAGUGUGACGCGGGUAAAAAAUACAGUGUGAAUGAUCUUAAUUAUCCAUCAUUUGCGGUUGUUUUCGACACCAUGGGUGGGGCCAACGUGAUUAAACACACGAGAAUCCUCACUAACGUGGGACCCGCGGGAAGUUACAAGGCUUCAGUAACGUCUGAUUCAAAAUCCGUGAAAAUCACGGUUGAACCGGAGGAGUUAAUUUUUAAGGAAAAUGAGAAGAAACCUUAUACGGUGACGUUUACGUCAUUGGGUUCUACACCGCAGAAGGUAAACGGAUUUGGACGGUUGGAAUGGAGGAAUGCGAAGAACGUGGUUGGAAGCCCAAUCUCGAUUAGUUGGGGUUGA